GUUUAAUAAACUUUUCUCAUUUUUUAAAGAACCAAUUAAGAAAUGACAUUGAUGUCUGUGUUUGAUUUAUUAAAAUAUUCCCAUCCAAACCCAAGUUGCGAAGGUGGAGACAUUACUUUUCAUUCGACCUGCGUCGGUUGAAUCGGUUCAGACUCGAUGAUGAGAUAUUCAUUGCAAAACUAGCACCAAAUGUGCUGCAGGGUGUCCGUUUCUCCCGCGAUAGCAAAGUUUUGCCAGUUUAAUAAACUUUUCUCAUUUUUUAAAAAUGAUAGAACCAAUUGAUGACCCAGGAACAAAAAAAUGUGUUACGCCGUGCAAUUGAAUGCAUGUCUGGGAGCAACAGUCUGGCUCGCUGUGUCUUCCCUCCCCUCCCAUCCACAAAACCGGUCUUAUAAAUCACAUUUCCAGUAGAAGUUGGAAAGCGCCGAGCCAAGACGCCUGCCAGAGUUUAGCAAUGUCUAGUGAGUGCCGAGGGGAGGAAAACCCUAUUUAUUCCCCAUCUGUUUCCCAUCUCGGCUCAUUUCUCUUUCCGUGGCGAAAGGGUCAGUUGCAUGAUGCAUCUUCCAUUUGUAGGCGAGACUCCAAAGGAGACGUCGAGGAUGUAGAGAAAUAAAACCAGGAGAGAAGGACAAAGACGAAAGGAAAGAUGCCGUGGCUCGAUGUGGCUUUGGUUUUGCUCCUGAGCAUCUCGCCAAAGGCGCAUGCGGACACCUACACGUCCAUGCUGAGCAUCCAUCAGGCGAUGGAGACCGAAGGAGAACUUCUUCGGAGUUUGGAUACUUACCUGGAUCAAGAGGCCAAGCGGCUCCAAGACCUCCGCAGAUUCUAUGAGAAGAUCCGAGCCUUGCACCGAGGGGUGGACAAGACGGUGGCCAACCCUUUGCUGGCAUAUGCCCUGAUCAAGAGGUUGCAGUCGGAUUGGCUCAACGUGGUCUACAGCAUGGAGGCGAGCGAGAACAGCCAAGCCCUCAAGAACGACUACCGGAGACUGGAAGGCGUCCUCCCUGCCUUCGAGGACCUGGAAGGCGCAGCGCGGGCCGUGAUGCGCUUGCAGGACGUUUACUCUCUGAGCGUCAAAGACUUGGCCAAAGGACGGUUCAGGAGAAACAGCAACGUGCCCCUUGCGGAUGUAUACAGCCCUGGGCAGGACUUCCCUUUGUCGGCUGACGACUGCUUCCAGAUUGGCAAGGUUGCGUACGACAUGGAGGAUUAUUACCACUGCAUUUUGUGGAUGGAGGAAGCCGCCAGCCUUUUCCGCGUCUCCUACGGAAACUGGAACAUCGAAGACGAAGGAAGUCUCGAAGACGCUUUGGACCAUUUGGCCUUCUCCUAUUUUAAGGCAGGAAACAUUUCUCAUGCCUUAAGCCUCUCCCAAGAAUUUCUCCAUUAUGAUCCCAGCAACAAGAGGAUGGCCAGGAAUGUCUUAAAAUACGAGAAGCUUUUGGUAGCCAAGCCCAAUGAUGAGAGCGAAGAAGUGGCCCUUCAGAGGCCCAACGUGACCCACAUCGAAACCAGAGACACUUACGAAUGGUUGUGCCAGACUUUGGGCUCUCAGCCGAGCCAUUAUGAGAGCCCCAUGUUGUCCUGCUCCUUCGAGACGAAUGGCGACCCGUUGUUGUUUCUCCAGCCGCUGAAAAGGGAGGUUGUCCACCUGAAGCCCUACCUGGCCCUUUACCACGACUUUGUCAGUGACAACGAAGCUGAGACCAUCAAAGCCUUGGCCGCCCCUUGGCUACAGAGAUCGGUGGUUGCCUCUGGAGAAAAGCAGCAGGAAGCAGACUACCGGAUCAGCAAAAGUGCCUGGCUGAAAGACACCUUGGAUCCAAUGAUCUUGGCAUUGGAUCGCCGGAUCGCAGCCCUUACUGCCUUGAACACCCAACCGCCUUACGCCGAAUACCUGCAAGUGGUGAACUACGGGUUGGGGGGACACUACGAACCCCAUUUUGACCAUGCCACAUCAAGAAAAAGCCCCCUUUACAGGCUGAAAUCCGGAAACCGAAUAGCCACUUUGAUGAUUUAUCUGAGUUCGGUGGAAGCUGGUGGAUCCACAGCCUUCAUCUACGCGAACCUUAGCAUCCCUGCCGUCAAGAACGCAGCUCUCUUUUGGUGGAACCUCCAUAGGAACGGGGACGGGGACGACGACACGCUCCACGCCGGGUGCCCGGUCCUCGCUGGGGACAAGUGGGUGGCCAACAAAUGGUUCCACGAACACGGGCAAGAAUUUCGAAGGCCGUGCGGCACCGAACCCGACGACUAGUGGAACCCGGAACAUUGCAUUCAGAUGCCAAAGAGGUUGAAAUUGCAUCUUGUAGAGAAAGAGAACCUGCAAAUUCUUCUCCUUCUUCCCAUCCCGAUGCAGCCGGGCCUGGGAAACCCACCUGGGAGGCCAAGAAGCAUCCAAAAGCAUGUCUUGGCAAGCUUUUGCACAGGCAUUUAUUGCAAAAAUUUGCUGUCAGGUGCCGAGAACGAAGAAACUGGAAGAAACAGGAGAGAAAGGAGCGACUGGUAGUCCAAGAAGCCUUCUAUCUAGAAAAAGACAGAAUGGGGAAUAAACGUCAGGAGACGUCAGGAGAGACGUCAGGAGAGAAUGCUUCUGGAACAUGGCCACACAGCCCGAAAGACAUGCAACAACCCUGGGAAUAAAAUACUUGGAGAGACAAAAAUCUGUUUAUGGAGAGGUUUAAAUACCCCGAAAAAUGCAAAAUCUUGCCUAAUCCUGGAUGCUAAGCAGGGCCAGCCCUGGUUGGGACUUGGGUGGGAGACCAUCAUCACACCUUCAAAGAACUGGAUGCUCUGUUUCUGAGGAACGGGCCAGGAGAUGUCAAUAUCUUGACUGAUCCUGGAUGCUAAGCAGGGCCAGCCCUGGUUGGGACUUGGAUGGGAGACCAUCAUCACACCUUCAAAGAACUGGAUGCUCUGUUUCUGAGGAACGGGCCAGGAGAUAUCAAUCUCUUGACUGAUCCUGGAUGCUAAGCAGGGUCAGCCCUGGUUGGGACUUGGAUGGGAGACCAUCAUCACACCUUCAAAGAACUGGAUGCUCUGUUUCUGAGGAACGGGCCAGGAGAUAUCAAUAUCUUGACUGAUCCUGGAUGCUAAGCAGGGCCAGCCCUGGUUGGGACUUGGAUGGGAGACCAUCAUCACACCUUCAAAGAACUGGAUGCUCUGUUUCUGAGGAACGGGCCAGGAGAUAUCAAUCUCUUGACUGAUCCUGGAUGCUAAGCAGGGUCAGCCCUGGUUGGGACUUGGAUGGGAGACCAUCAUCACACCUUCAAAGAACUGGAUGCUCUGUUUCUGAGGAACGGGCCAGGAGAUGUCAAUAUCUUGACUGAUCCUGGAUGCUAAGCAGGGCCAGCCCUGGUUGGGACUUGGAUGGGAGACCAUCAUCACACCUUCAAAGAACUGGAUGCUCUGUUUCUGAGGAACGGGCCAGGAGAUAUCAAUCUCUUGACUGAUCCUGGAUGCUAAGCAGGGUCAGCCCUGGUUGGGACUUGGAUGGGAGACCAUCAUCACACCUUCAAAGAACUGGAUGCUCUGUUUCUGAGGAACGGGCCAGGAGAUGUCAAUAUCUUGACUGAUCCUGGAUGCUAAGCAGGGUCAGCCCUGGUUGGGACUUGGAUGGGAGACCAUCAUCACACCUUCAAAGAACUGGAUGCUCUGUUUCUGAGGAACGGGCCAGGAGAUAUCAAUAUCUUGACUGAUCCUGGAUGCUAAGCAGGGUCAGCCCUGGUUGGGACUUGGAUGGGAGACCAUCAUCACACCUUCAAAGAACUGGAUGCUCUGUUUCUGAGGAACGGGCCAGGAGAUGUCAAUAUCUUGACUGAUCCUGGAUGCUAAGCAGGGCCAGCCCUGGUUGGGACUUGGGUGGGAGACCAUCAUCACACCUUCAAAGAACGGGAUGCUCUGUUUCUGAGGAACGGGCCAGGAGAUAUCAAUAUCUUGACUGAUCCUGGAUGCUAAGCAGGGCCAGCCCUGGUUGGGACUUGGGUGGGAGACCAUCAUCACACCUUCAAAGAACGGGAUGCUCUGUUUCCGAGGAACGGGCCAGGAGAUAUCAAUAUCUUGACUGAUCCUGGAUGCUAAGCAGGGUCAGCCCUGGUUGGGACUUGGAUGGGAGACCAUCAUCACACCUUCAAAGAACUGGAUGCUCUGUUUCUGAGGAACGGGCCAGGAGAUGUCAAUAUCUUGACUGAUCCUGGAUGCUAAGCAGGGCCAGCCCUGGUUGGGACUUGGGUGGGAGACCAUCAUCACACCUUCAAAGAACUGGAUGCUCUGUUUCUGAGGAACGGGCCAGGAGAUGUCAAUAUCUUGACUGAUCCUGGAUGCUAAGCAGGGUCAGCCUUGGUUGGGACUUGGGUGGGAGACCAUCAUCACACCUUCAAAGAACUGGAUGCUCUGUUUCUGAGGAACGGGCCAGGAGAUGUCAAUAUCUUGACUGAUCCUGGAUGCUAAGCAGGGUCAGCCCUGGUUAGGACUUGGGUGGGAGACCAUCAUCACUCCUUCAAAGAACGGGAUGCUCUGUUUCUGAGGAACGGGCCAGGAGAUGUCAAUAUCUUGACUGAUCCUGGAUGCUAAGCAGGGUCAGCCCUGGUUGGGACUUGGAUGGGAGACCAUCAUCACACCUUCAAAGAACGGGAUGCUCUGUUUCUGAGGAACGGGCCAGGAGAUGUCAAUAUCUUGACUGAUCCUGGAUGCUAAGCAGGGUCAGCCCUGGUUGGGACUUGGGUGGGAGACCAUCAUCACACCUUCAAAGAACGGGAUGCUCUGUUUCUGAGGAACGGGCCAGGAGAUAUCAAUCUCUUGACUGAUCCUGGAUGCUAAGCAGGGCCAGCCCUGGUUGGGACUUGGAUGGGAGACCAUCAUCACAUCUUCAAAGAACGGGAUGCUCUGUUUCUGAGGAACGGGCCAGGAGAUAUCAAUCUCUUGACUGAUCCUGGAUGCUAAGCAGGGUCAGCCCUGGUUGGGACUUGGAUGGGAGACCAUCAUCACAUCUUCAAAGAACGGGAUGCUCUGUUUCUGAGGAACGGGCCAGGAGAUAUCAAUCUCUUGACUGAUCCUGGAUGCUAAGCAGGGUCAGCCCUGGUUGGGACUUGGAUGGGAGACCAUCAUCACACCUUCAAAGAACGGGAUGCUCUGUUUCUGAGGAACGGGCCAGGAGAUAUCAAUAGCUUGACUGAUCCUGGAUGCUAAGCAGGGUCAGCCUUGGUUGGGACUUGGAUGGGAGACCAUCAUCACACCUUCAAAGAACUGGAUGCUCUGUUUCUGAGAAACUGACCAGGAGAGGCUUAAAUACUCCCCAAAAAAGCACAAUAUCUUGACUGAUCCUGGAUGCUAAGCAGGGCCAGCCUUGGUUGGGACUUGGAUGGGAGACCAUCAUCACACCUUCAAAGAAAUGGAUGUUCUGUUUCUGAGGAACGGGCCAGGAGAGGCUUAAAUACCCCCCAAAAGCGCAAUAUCUUGACUGAUCUUGGAUGCUAAGCAGGGCCAGCCUUGGUUAGGACUUGGAUGGGAGACCAACAGCACACCUUCAGAACUGGAUGCUCCAUUUCUGAGGAACUGGCCAACCCACCACAACUACAACUCCCAAGAUUGCAUAACAUGGAGCCAGGGAAGUUAAAGUGGUACCAAACUACAUCAGUUCUACAGUGUAGAUGCACCCUUGUGUAGACCCCUUUGCAACCUGAUAUAAUUUUGUUUGUAUGUAUGUAUGAUGGAAAGAGCUUCACCUGUGUGCUUUCCUUACAUCAGCCUCUUCCUAUGAAAAGCUGGCAGCUCCAACUGGCAGUCGGUCCGGUGGCGAAGGAGGAGGAAGGGGAUGGAAGAAAGACCCCCUUUUUUCCCUCCCGAGACGUUGCCCGCACUCCUUCCUUGUGGCCCGAUGCCAACCGAGUCAAUAUUUGGGAAAGUGAGACUGUGGUUAAGCAAGAGCAGCGAUGGGCAUGCCUUCUGCUUCCAGGUAGGAUGGCAUUGGGAAUCCGAGAUAUUACAGACACCUUCGUUCCAGUGCAAAGAAGAGCUUCUUUAUUCCUAAUUUUAAGUCUUCCUGUCCCAGACUUUUGGAGCAAGGAGGAAACGCUCCCAGGGAAUGCACGUUUCAACAACAACAGCAACUAUUAUUAUUAUUUACUAGCUGUGCCCGGCCACGCGUUGCUGUGGCGAAAUAUGGUGGUAUGGGAAAUAGAGUAUUGAGGAAUUGGUGGUAGUUAAGGUAAAGGGUCCCCUGGGCUGAGUGGGUUGAUAGGAGACCAAGUGAGCGGAGCUUAGCCUUCUAACUGGCAGCAAUUGGAUAAAAACAAUUAUUCCUCUCCCUCUAAUUAGGACUUUAUUUUUCUUUUCUUUUUGUUGUAUCAACCUAGAUGAGGCAUGGAUGAGGGGUUGUGCUGUCAAUUUUCGAGGUUGUGGGGUGUUUACUUUUGUUGUUUUGUCCGCUGCCGUGAUGCCAUCACUCUUUUAUAUAUAUAGAUUAUGAGUACACAGCAAACCAUAUCAUGAUGCUGGCUUUUGUACUGGAUCACACGUCGGACACUUCCCAAGUGUCUAAGACUAUGUGAUGUAUCGGUGAAUAAUCCGGGCAGGACCAAAUAAGGUGGCCUUUUGCAACUGACAGAUGCUAAUUUUGUCAGUGCUGAUUGUUUUCAAAUGCUGGCCGAAGUCUUUAAGCACGGCACCCAAUGUGCCCAUCACCACUGGGACUCCUUGAGUGGCUUGU